AUGUUGGAGACCUAUUUUUCGAGCGUCAGUGGAUGUAAGUGGCCUGAAAUUUAUUUUUGGGGUGUUUGAAAGUAGCCAAGGCUUGUCAGGACGACUAUUUUUUUGCUUUCCAGAUGCUUUUUUAUUCCAAAAUUUUUGAAUUUUUUUUUGUCAAUUUUUUGUAUAAAAUGUCGAUUUUCGGUAAGAAUAGGAAUAAAUCAUUUUCCUAGAGACGUAAAAAUUAAAUAUGGAGCUUUUUAGAGAAUUAAUUGUGUCAUUAUGACGACUUUUUUCGAGUUUUUGACCAUUUCGACACUUGUUUCAGGGAUUUUCAAAAUUUUCGUAUAAUAUGUCACCCUAACUCAAAAAAAAUAAGCUCGCUUUUUACAAUCAAAAUUAUACUGUUCAUCCAAUACCAAAAAAUCACGUCGUAUUUUAGACGUUCAACAAGCUUUGGACCCAAUUUUACUCCGAUUUGUCCCCGACUACAAGGUUCAACCGGGAUUUCCGCAAUUUCGACGGAGUUGCGAAGUGUAAGACCCAUUUAUUUCUGUUCCGACUGAUGUAAAAUACAAUGGAAAUUAUUGUCUUUAUUUGGUUUUAGCCGCCCACCAGAUUGGGAGUCCAAAAACGAGGUGGAAAUGGCAUUAACCCCUCGAAUUCAAGAGGUACGGCCAGAAAAAAUGACAAAAACUAAUGAUAAAAAGUAAGUUGAUAAUCGGAUUUUGUAUACGUUGUAUUGAGUAUGUCCUGUAGAAGAAUUUUGAGUGAUUUUUUUGUGAAAAAAUUUUGAAAUACCAUCAGUAUGACAGAUUAUUUGGAAAGUCAUUCUCUCCGAUAUUUUUCUAAAUUUUUGGUCAAUUUUUUUUUCAGCAAAAUCCCACAUUGGCCUGAGCCGGAUGGCCAUCAAUAUGAUGCUUCGAUGGAGAGUGGAAUUUGGUUUGCUACUGCCGAAAAAGAAAGCGAUAUCUCCGAGGAAAGGCCGCUUUGUCGACGGAAUGCCAAAAAAUACGUUCGAAGGGAAAAAGAGUGAGUUUCAAAAAGAUUGGAGAUGUAAAAUACGUCAUUUGUAUCAUUUUCCAUCCUUGGAGGGUCAUUUUAUUCCACUCGUUUUGAAAAAUCUCAGUUCUCCGAAAAUUUUUGGUCCCACCACGAAAACCUGAAAACAUUAAAAUAGCGGGAAUAAAUUUUAAAAUACGGUCUAUGACACUCUAGAGAUCUUGUCUUUUAAUUUGGACUAUAAAUUUUUGGUAAAAUACGUGUUAUUGAUCUUAAUUGAGGUCCCACCACGAAAACUUGGAAAGUCUCAAAAAUGGCAGAAUUUGCGCUUACUAGGGAAGUGUACAAACGAACCCUCACCAAAUGGAAAGUGAUAUACACCAUUGGAAAGCCCUUGAAAAAUGGUGCAAGACACCAUUUUCAUUUUUUGCAGAAUGCCUUUCCGCGACGACAUACUGUAAAUUUCAUUAUUUUUAGGUCAUUUCGCAACAAAAAGCUUUCUUUCUCUUGAGCGGAUAAAAAUCCUCGAAGAGGGUUGCUUCAAUAGUGCAGUGGUUGCUGAGCAGGCUGAUAAGCCAAACCAAGCUAGGUUCGAUUCCUAGCUUGGGCAAAAACAUUUUGCGUUCUUACAGUUAGGAUAAUAUUUGAGUUAAACUUUUACAAAGUUUUUAAUUUUGCUAGAAAACGGUCGAUUACGGUUAAACCCAUCAAACUUACAUGUUUUUCAAAAUUAAAAAAAGUGAAAAGUGUUUUUUCAUGUUGUGGGUGUUUAAAACCAGUAAAUAUCAUAUGUAAAAUGGUUUUACUGGCAAGCGCCAAACUUCAUAAUGAUUCUUAGGCCAACCUAGUAGCAAUAUUUACCAUUUAGCGUUUUGAAAUAAGAUUUAUUUUGCCCCACAGCAGAUAUUGUAACUACUUAAGGGACAAAACAACCGUUUAUAAUUUUUUGCCCUGGGGCAUUCUGCAAAAAAUGAAAAUGGUACCUUUCACCAUUUUUCAAGGGCUUUCCAAUGGUGUAUAACACUUGCCAUUUGGUGAGGGUUCGUUUGUACACUUCCCUAGUUAGAUAAAAUACAGGGUGCGGCAAAAAAAUGGAAACUUAUCUUUAUAGCUAUAUUUUUCCUAAUAAUCCAAAUUCCGCAAAAGUAACGGUCAUCUUCAAUAACAUAGAGCAUUGUUUAUAACAUAUUCAACCCGUUUUACCGUGGCUGCUUUUGGUGGCGAUAUAGAGCUCCAAACGUGACUUAAAAUUUUGGCCUUUUGGCCGCAGCUUUUUUCGGGGAAAUCGGUCCCGUUCUUGACGCAGCGAUUACUUUGCGACUCCAAACUUUUGUGGCGUGUAGUGCAGAUGCUGGUCUCCAAUUGAAAAAAAAAUACAGUCCAUUGGAUCUAUACCCGGCGAGCAGGCGCUCUUUUCGCAGACGGGGUGAAAUCGGGAAAAUCGGUCUCAAAAUCGGUCUUGACUCGUUGUUGCCCUGUGAGUCGGCGCUGAGUCUAGUUGGAACGUCAAAUUUGCGCUGUCAAGGUUCUACUGAGCCAACAGAAGCAUGAGGAAAUCGAAGUUAACGCGGCGCUAGAAUUUUGCCCGCUUGAUCCACGAAAAUCUCGGAAUUCUUGCCGCUGGCACAAAUUCCGCCUUAGGCGAUGACGGCCCUUAUUUUGACGGUGUUCGUCGUUAGCCGACGUGCAGGGGGCCUCAUCCGAUGGGACUAUGACGUUCUGUUGGUUGUGCACCCGCCAAAGAUUGCACCGCGAAGGGAAUGCGCUCCCAUCGCGGACCUGCGGCCCGACGUCGGAAUUUGCGCCAUUUUUUCAGGCGUACCGGCUUGAUCUUGCCGAUUAGGAGUUGGGCAUUUCAGACCUUGCGUGGGGAGACUUUGAGUUGAUUUUUAUCAGUCUGUCGGAAAAAUAACGGCGGAUCGUCGCAGCAAAAUGUCUCGCCUCGCCGUUAUCGCGCACCAAAUCCCAAGCCGCGGCUUGCAGUCGCAAAGCGAUGAUGAGCGACUCCGAGGCGCGACGAUCCGCCGUUUUUUUCCCGACAGACCGAUAGCUAUUUGGCCGACUGGUCGGUUGCUGAUGCCGGUCUCACGGGCAAUUUUUUCUCGAAAUCGACGGAUUUCGCUAUUGAUGUCUCCGCGGCUAGCAGAAGUGUUGGCGGUGCGUUUUCUUUCGCUCACUGGACGCUUAAAAUUGUCAAAAAGCUCCCUGCGUUGUUUGAUGACUUUGGACACAACGUGCUUUCUAUGCCGGGCAAAUUAACAGUUCGCACAGGUAAAAAACAGGUCCGAAAUCGAGGUCCCUCUUUUUGUCAUUCAAAAAAAGAAUGUUAAUAAACCGAUAUGGACAUGAAAUUAUAAGGUCUAGGAGAGAAAGCUACGUAGAAUUUAAUGGUAUGAAAAUAAUUUUGCUGCACUUAAAAAUUUUUGCGUCAGGACCCAAUGAAAAAAGUUUCCAUUUUUUUGCCGCACCCUGUAUUAGACCCAAACAACAAGUAUGUGGCUAAAAAUUCUUAUUUUUUAUAUAAAAUUAACCUUUCUCCCGAUAAGCCAUUUGGUCCCGCAACGAAAACUCCAAAAAAUAUUAUUAUGGUAAAUUCAGCGAUAUCUCCAAACAAAUCGACUUGAUCAUUCAAAAAGUGCAAGCUUCGUUGUCCUCAUCACCACAAAUCUACGUCACAAUUGCCAAAUCCACGACAAGAGCAGCGAAUUUGAGCCGCAACAGGUUCCAAAGGACCAUGAAUAACAUCAUGAGGCUGGAACCAAUCCCCGAACACGGUGAAAUGGAGUUGUAG